GUAAUCUCAAGGGACCGCUGUUCGGGCAAGAACAUUUCGGACGUUUUGUGAAGGCUAUAGGAGGCCAAGGCUACUUCCUCUGCCAGUGGUUCCCUGGUCUCUGUCAACAUGUCUGUUAUUGUUGGUGCAGAAAUGGAUCCACAGAUCUGAUUGGUCCACAUAGCUGCUAAAAGAUGGAUGUCCCUGAAGAGGAAGAGGAUGCUGUUGGUGGAGAUCAGACAGGCAGAGCAGCAUGUGCCGUGUCCAGCCACGAGUCCCUGAAGAAUGAGGAGCCCGUCACUGAUGGGCAUCAGGGGAUCAGCACAGGAAGAGUGCUGUCUUAUCCAAGACCACAGACACACAGACCAGUGUCUCCAGUGCCCAGCUGUGUGUCCAUGAAGAGUGACUGGUCCAUGGGGCACCCUUACAAUUUCAGCAGUGGAACACCACAGUCCGAUCAAAAACCCCAGACACACAGACCAGUGUCUCCAGUGCCCAGCUGUGUGUCCAUGAAGAGUGACUGCUCCAUGGGACACCCUUACAAUUUCAGUAGUGGAACACCACAGUCCGAUCAAAAACCACAGACACACAGACCAGUGUCUCCAGUGACCAGCUGUGUGUCCAUGAAGAGUGACUGCUCCAUGGGACACCCUUACAAUUUCAGUAGUGGACCACCACAGUCCGAUCAAAAACCACAGACACACAGACCAGUGUCUCCAGUGCCCAGCUGUGUGUCCAUGAAGAGUGACCGGUCUAUGGGACACCCUUACAAUUUCAGCAGUGGACCAUCACGGUCUGAUCAAAAACCCCAGACACAAAGACCAGUGUCUCCAGUGCCCAGCUAUGUGUCCAUGAAGAGUGACUGCUCCAUGGGACACCCUUACAAUUUCAGUAGUGGACCACCACGGUCUGAUCAAAAGGAUAUACUGGCCCAGGAUCAGUCCAGGUGUGGAGUGUGUGAGCAGCUACUGAGGGACCCAGUCAUCACCAGCUGUGGACACAGUUUCUGCAGGCAGUGCAUCAGCAGCUACUGGAGCCAGUCAGGUCCAUCAGGAGACUACAGCUGCCCCCGCUGCAGAAAGAGACCCAGAACACAACCCAUCAUGAACCCUGACAUGACUCAACCACUGUACCCGUCUACAGACAUGGCACAAUCUUACCUAAACCCACCAACAGACAUGACACUGCCCUCGUCAUAUCAACACAGUGAAAUGGCACAACCACCUGUAUAUCCAACUACGUCCAUGGCACAGCCUCACCUAAACCCACCAACAGCCAUGGCACAGCCUCACCUAUACCCACCUACAGCCAUGGCACAGCCUCACCUAUACCCACCUACAGCCAUGGCACAGCGUCACUUAUACCCACCUAUAGCCAUGGCACAGCGUCACUUAUACCCAUCUGCAGCCAUGGCACAGCCUCACCUAUACCCACCUACAGCCAUGGCACAGCCUCACCUAUACCCACCUACAGCCAUGGCACAGCCUCACCUAUACCCACCUACAGCCAUGGCACAGCGUCACUUAUACCCACCUAUAGCCAUGGCACAGCGUCACUUAUACCCAUCUGCAGCCAUGGCACAACCUCACCUAUACCCACCUACAGCCAUGGAACCGCCUUCAUCAUACCAACACAGUGAAAUGGCACUUCAUCUGAACCCAUCUGCAAACAUGGCACAAGUUCCUCCAUCCCCACACACAGACACGGGGCAGAGUCCUCAGUACUCAAACUCAGCCAUGGGGCAGCAUAAUCAUACACACAUCCAGCACCCUCUUUAUCCACACAUCCACACGGCACAGAUCUCUCCACAGCACACAGAUGAGCACACAGUCAUGACAGGCAGCACCCAUCUGCAAACUGAGCAUGCUCCAGUCAAAAGGGCCAAACGAACAGAUGACGAUGUCCUCACCAGAGUACUGAUGACCCAUAAAGCCAUCAUGAAGAGGAGGUUUGAGAGCAUAUGUGAAGGCAUCAUAAGGUCAGAGACUCAAACACUCCUGAACAAGAUCUACACAGAGCUCUACAUCACAGAGGGAGAGAGUGAAGGGGUGAAUAAUGAGCAUGAGGUUUGGCAGGUCGAGUCAGCAUCCAGGCCACAAACUACAGAGGACACAGCAAUCAACUGUAAUGACAUCUUCAAGCCCUUACCUGGACAGGAGAGACAUAUCAAAACUGUCAUGACCAAGGGGAUUGCUGGCAUUGGAAAAACCGUCUCAGUCCAGAAGUUCAUCCUUGACUGGGCAGAGGAGAGAGCUAACCAGGAUGUAGAUUUCAUGUUUGUGCUUCCGUUCCGUGAGCUGAAUUUGGUUAAGCAUGAUCAGUACAGUCUUCACAGGCUCCUGCUUGACUUCCACCCUGAGCUAAGAGAGCUACAGGAUGCUGAAUACAAAGACUGCCACAUUGUGUUCAUCUUUGAUGGUCUGGAUGAGAGUCGACUUCCACUGAGUUUCCAAGGGAACCAGACAUUGUCUGAUGUGACACAAGCAUCAUCAGUGGAUGUGCUGAUGACAAGCCUCAUUCAGGGAACACUGCUUCCCUCUGCUCUCCUCUGGAUAACCUCCAGACCAGCAGCAACCAGUCAGAUCCCUUCUCAGUGCAUCAGUCUGGUGACAGAAGUACGAGGGUUCAAUGACCCACAGAAGGAAGAGUACUUCAGGAAGAGGAUCAGUGACCAGAAUCAAGCCAACAGAAUCAUCUCACACAUUACAGCAACCAGGAGUCUCCACAUCAUGUGCCACAUGCCAGUCUUCUGUUGGAUCUCAGCCACUGUUCUUCAGCAGAUACUGGAACAGGAUGAUGGGAAAGAAGCCCCAAAAACACUGACUGAAAUGUUCAUACACUUCCUGCUCAUCCAGACCACCAGGAAGAACCAGAAGUAUCAAGAGGAAAGUGAGACAGAUAGACAGAGGCUCCUGGAAUCACACAAGGGUGUCAUAUUGAAACUCGCAGAGCUGGCUUUCAAGCAUCUGGAGAAUGGCAAUCUCAUGUUCUAUGAGGAAGACCUGAGAGAGUGUGGGAUCGAUGUCAGUGAAGCCUCAGUGUACUCUGGCAUGUGCACUGAGAUCUUCAGGGAGGAAUGUGUGUUUCAUCACAAGAAAGUCUACUGCUUUGUCCAUCUGAGCAUUCAGGAGUUUCUUGCUGCACUUCAUUUGUUUGCCUCCUACUUGAGUAAGAACAUGGAGGUCCUGGAGCCAUUACUUAGCAGGAAGUCCAAGUCUUUGCCAGAUGUGCCUCUCGAUGAGCUGCUGAAGAAUGCAGUGAACAAAGCUUUGGAAAGCAAGAAUGGACACCUUGAUUUGUUUGUUCGCUUCCUUCAUGGCAUUUCUCUGGUGUCAAAUCAGAGACUUUUGCUUGGCCUCCUGGCACACACACACAGCAGCCCAGAGAGUGUGAAGAAAACAAUCAAGAACCUGAAGGUGAUGCAGAGACCAAAUAUCUCCCCCGAGAGGUGCAUCAAUCUGUUCCACUGCCUGGUGGAAAUGCAUGACUCUUCUGUUCAUGAUGAAAUCCAGGCUUUCCUGAAGGCAGAGAAAGGUGCCGUGAAACAGCUCACACUGGCUCACUGCUCAGCCUUGGCUCAUGUGCUUCUGAUGUCUGAUCAGGUGCUGGAUGAGUUUGACCUGAGCAAAUACAAAACCUCUCCAGAAGGUCGCAGGAGACUGGUUCCAGUCGUGAGAUGCUGCAAAAAGGCUCUACUUGCUGGCUGCAAUCUAACAGAGACGUCUUAUGAGAUUGUGGCCUCAGCUCUGCAGUCUGGAAACUCCCCCUUGAGAGAGCUGGACUUGAGUCAGAAUGACCUGCAAAAGUCAGGAGAAAAGCUGGUGUCUGCUCUUCAAAGUCCAAACUGCAAACUGGAAACACUGAGAAUAACUGGCUGUGAGCUCAAAGAGAAGUCCUGGGAGAUCGUGGCCUCAGCUCUGCAGUCUGCAAACUGCCCUUUAAGAGAGCUGGACCUGAGUCAGAAUGACCUGCAGACGUCAGGAGAAAAGCUGCCCUCUGCUCUACAGAGUCCAAACUGCAAACUGGAAACACUGAGACUUGUUGGCUGUAAACUAAGAGGAAGAUUUCUGGCCUUGACUCUUCAGUGGGCAAACUCCCACCUAAGAGAGCUGGACAUCAGUGACAGUGUGCUUCAGGACUGUGGAGGAGAACUGCUCCAUCAACCACUGAAUCAAGACUGUAAAGUGAGACUCAUCAGCCGUGGACUCAAAGACAGCUCCUCUAAGGUUGUGGUCUCAGUUCUGCAGUCAUAUAAUUCUCAACUGAGUGAGUUGGACAUGAGUGGCUGUGAUCUGCAAACAUCAGAAGAGAAGCUGCUCUCUGGUCUUAGAGAUCCGUACUGCCAACUUGAAAAACUGAGACUUGUUGGCUGUAAACUAAGAGGAAGAUUUCUGGCCUUGACUCUUCAGUGGGCAAACUCCCACCUAAGAGAGCUGGAUAUCAGUGACAGUGAGCUUCAGGACUGUGGAGGAGAACUGUUCCAUCUACCACUGAAUCAAGACUGUAAAGUGAGACUCAUCAGCUGUAAACUCAAAGACAGCUCCACUGUGGUUGUGGUCUCAGUUUUAGGGCCAUAUAUUUCUCAACUGAGUGAGUUGGACAUGAGUGGCUGUGAUCUGCAAACAUCAGAAGAGAAGCUGCUCUCUGGUCUUAGAAACUCAAACUGCCACCUGGAGAAACUGAGGCUCAAUCUGUGUCACCUCUCUAAAGCAAGCUGUGAAAUGAUGGCAUCCGUGCUGCAAAGUACACCUUCCCAUCUGAGAGAACUGGACAUGAGUGACAAUGACCUGCAGGAUGAAGGAGUGGAGCUGCUCUGUGCAGGACUAAGAGAUCCACAAUGCAAGCUGGAGACACUGAGACUGUCUGGUUGUCUCAUCACACAUGAGGGCUGUUCUCUCUUGUCCUCUGCCCUCAAAUCAAACCCCUCCUACCUGAAACAGCUGGAUCUGAGCUACAAUCACCCAGGAGACUCAGGUGUCAGAGAGCUCACAGACAGACUGAAUGAUCCCAGCUGUAAACUAGAGACGUUGAGGUAUGACCAUGGAGGAGAGUGCAGGAUUAAACCAGGACUGAGAAAAUAUGCCUGUGAGCUCACACUGGACCCAAACACAGCAGGCAGAGAUCUCUCUCUCUCUGAGGGGAACAGAAAGGUGACACAUGUGUAUCAGCAGCAGCCGUAUCCUGCCCACCCAGAGAGAUUUGACGGCUGGUCUCAGGUGCUGGGUAGAGAGGGUCUGUCUGGACACCACCCAGAGACAUGUGACAGUCUGGGUCAGAGCCUAGUCAGCACGGGUCAGUCUGGACGCUACUACUGGGAGGCUGAGUGGAAUGAUGAUGGUACAGUUUAUAUAGCAGUGGCCUAUAAAAGCAUGGAGAGGAAAGGGAGUGGGAGCAGCAGCUUGUUUGGAUGUACUGCCAAGUCCUGGAGACUGGAGUGCUUUAGUGACCGUUACUCUGCCAGUCACAAUAAUAAGGACACUUCCAUACCUGCUCCCUCCUCCCGCUCCAGCAGAGUAGGAGUGUACCUGGACUGGCCAGCAGGCACUCUGUCCUUCUACAGCGUCUCCUCUAACACACUCACCCACCUGCACACGUUCCACUCCACAUUCACUGAGCCCCUCUAUCCUGGGUUUUUUGUUGGUUAUAAAUCCUCAGUGUCCCUGUGCCAGAUCACAUGACCUCCUAAUCCUGCAGGAGAAGAGAGCCACACACUCCUGUUUACACACUAUGUGUGUGUGUGUGUAAGAGUAUAUGUAUGUGUGUGUCUGUGUGCGUGUGUGCAUGCAUGCGCGCCUUCCUACCCUUCCUUCUGUGUUAUAAAUUUCUAUUUAAGUGUCCAAACUAAACCAAACACGUCAGAUAUCAGAUGCUGUGUUGAUUUCUUACAAUUUGAACUUGAACCUUGUAUAUUGUAUGUGUUCUGAAGAUUAAAAGAUGGACAUACAGUGAGAGUGGACAGGUUUUCUCAGGGCUGGGAGUGUUAAUCCGCCGUUAUUUUGCAUUUAUAUUCUAAUAUGCUUGAGAGUGAGAGGGAGGGAAGGGGAGUUAUUUUAUUUGAAUAAUAAAUGGAAUUGGUGAAUUGGUUAAAAUGUUUUUAAUUUGAGGUGUAUAUA